GAGACAGCAAAAUCCCCAGGUAGGAGACAGCAGUGCUCUAUCAUUUUAAAGCGCUUUUCUUGUUCCCCAGAUAUCCGCGAUAAUGCAUUGCCUACGCCGGAGCGCUGCUCGUCGUCUGCUUUCCAAGCCGAGUAUUCUGCCGAGGGGGGUCCAAAUAACACGAACGCCAUCUCAAGCGGGGGCUGCAGCAUUUCCUCCGCUGUCGUCUGUUUACACCCAUACCCAACGGUACAUAUUCCAGCGACGAUGGGUCAGCGACGACGUAUCAAACCGCAGCGAGAAGGAGACUCCAGCGUUGGUGGAGGACCAGGAGGAAGCCCGCGUCGUUGAGAAUGCCACGGAGUCGACGGCAACAACCUCUACCCUGGCCGAAGCAGACGCCUCUACCGUUGAUGCUGGUGUGCAGGGAGAAUCGGAGCAGAAGACGACUGCGAGCACGACGCCGGAGGCUGCGAACGAAGAAGCCGGAGAGGGCCAGACCAAUUACAAAUUCUCGAUGUUGCCGGAGCCCAAGGACACGAUAUAUAUCGGGAACCUGUUCUAUGAUGUUACUUCGGAUGAUCUGCGGAGAGCAAUGGAGAAGUUUGGUGUGGUGCAGCAUGCUUCGAUUGCCCACGACCCCCGAGGUAUUAGUCGAGGCUUCGGAUACGUCGCCUUUGACGGCGUGGAAGCCGCCCAGCGAGCCGUGGACGAAAUGAACCUGCAGAUCUACGAGGGCCGCCGAAUCAUCGUCCAGUUUGCGCGGGAUUCCGCCAGCGAGCGGGGACCGGAGAACCCCGUCACCAGGACACUCUUCGUCGCCAACCUGCACUUUGGGCUUACUGACCGCGACCUGAACGAACUCUUCCGCGACGUGCCCAACGUGAUUGACGUGCGGGUGUCGGUCGACCGCCGGAACGGCCAGUUUCGCGGGUUCGUCCACGCCGAAUUUCUCGACAAGCGCAGCGCCCAGAUCGGGCGUGAGAUCCUUCAACUGCGGACUCCGUACGGCCGCAAGCUGAAAAUCGAAUACAGUAGAACGGAGAAGGGAACCCGAAUCCGUCAAACAGGCCAAGAGUGGUAAAAACGCAGCCUAGUCAUACCUCUACAUCUGGACCACAUGUACAAUACAUAUAUAGUUAGUAAUAGACGAUUUGAUGAUCUGUAAGAUAAAGAGAUCGGGAUUCUAAGAUACCAUUCCUCUUAGUUAUUUCAGAAAGGAGUCUGACUCUGACUCUGACCCUGACUCUGACAGUGG